CUAAUUGACGAGAUUUGUAUCUGGAAGAGAUUUAUGUAAAUGCUUCUCGUUAAUGCUUCCACAAUCUUACGAAUGCCCCAAAGUGAGCUAUGAAGAAGAUGCUUGCAAAGACGAAGAAUUCAAAAAAGUAUACUUGCAAAGAUGAAGAAUUCAAAAAGCCGGUAUGUUUGACGAGGCUGCAAGACAUACGAAACUGAUGAAAGCAAAAAGUCUAAAGGCAGUUGGCAAGAUUGAAGAAGAUCAUAUUAUUAGCACUCUGGAACAGUACAAUGACACUCCAAUCAAGGCCUGACGGCCAAAAAAAAAAUAAAUAAAGAAAUAAAUAAAUCAAAGCCUACAGGCUAGAGGUUGUUUGGUUCUGGGAAAAGUGUCCAUCCUUUUACAGAAUGUCUUUGCAAGACCUAGAAGUAUCUCCUCUACUAGUAUGCAGGGACCUGAGAUUCCAAGGUGUAGUCCUUUUAAGUUAUAUCUGUACAGGAUUAUGUUAAUAAUUCUGAGUUUUGGGUAGCAUCAAAGAAUAAAUGUGGCUUCCUGGA